UGCUUCCUUCUCCUGGCUCCUGCCGCGUCCAACCUGUAGCCAGUCUGUCGCUGCUGCUGCUGCUGCCGUCGGCGGACUCCGGGCUGUGGGUCUGGAGGAGCGAUGGCGCUUGGGCUCCGGAUCUGCUCCUUCCUCUUCUUCUUCUUCUCGCUCACCGUCUGUUUCCACGGACCGAGGCUUUCCGUCUCUGCAGGAGGCACCGGCAGGAAAGGCACGGCGGGCGAGGCUUGUGCCUGGAGGGGAUUAUCGCCAAUUGGAAAGAAUGCUGGGCUGCUUAAUAUCACCUUUAAGUAUGACAACUGCACUGCUUAUUUGAAUUCUGCAGGGAAGCAUGUGAUUGGUGAUGUGCAGAACAUCACUAUUAGCCAGUAUGCUUGCUCUGAUCAGGUUGCAGUGACAAUACUGUGGACAACAAAUCCCAUUGGAAUUGAAUUUCUAAAAGGAUUUCGGGUGAUACUUGAAGAAUUAAAAUCAGAAGGAAGACAGUGUCAACAGUUGACUUUGAAAGAUCCAAAGCAGCUCAAUUCAAGUUAUAAAUGGACUGGUGUGGAAUCUCAACCUUUUCUAAAUCUGAAAUUUGAAACUGACUACUUUGUAAAGAUUGUUCCUUUUCCAUCCAUUAAGAAUGAAAGUAACUAUCACCCUUUCUUCUUCAGAACUCGGCCUUGUGAAUUGCUACUACAGCCAGAAAAUAUAGCCUGCAAACCUUUUUGGAAACCUAGAAACCUGAAUGUUACACAGCAAGGCUUUAAUAUGCACAUAUCAUUUGACCAUGCACCGCAUAAUUUUGGAUUCAGAUACUAUUAUCUGCACUACAAGUUGAAAAGUGACGGAAACUUCAAGCAGAAGACUUGUAGACAGGAGAAAAAUGCAGAUAUCACAAGCUGUGUUCUUCAGAAUGUCUCACCAGGAGAUUAUAUAAUUGAGCUGGUUGAUGACACCAACACAACAAGGAAAACAAUGCAUUAUGCACUCAAACCAGUGCACUCUCCAUGGGCAGGGCCAAUAAGAGCAAUUGCCAUUACUGUUCCUUUGGUUGUCAUCUCAGCAUUUGCAACACUUUUUACUGUGAUGUGUCGCAAAAAGCAACAAGAAAAUAUCUAUUCCCAUUUAGAUGAGGAGAGUUCGGAAUCGUCAAACUACUCUUCAGCUCUCCAUGUGGAAAGGCAGCGUCCACGGCCAAAAGUGUUCAUCUGCUAUUCCAAUAAAGAUUGCCAGAAGCACAUUAAUGUCAUCCAGUGCUUUGCCUACUUCCUUCAGGACUUCUGCGGCUGUGAGGUUUCCUUAGAUUUAUGGGAAGACCUAAGGAUUUGUAAAGAAGGGCAAAAAGAAUGGCUUCAUCGAAAAAUCAAUGAGUCCCAGUAUGUUGUCAUUGUGUGUUCCAAGGGAAUGAAAUACUUUGUGGAGAAAAAGAGCUGGAAACACAAGGGAUCCAAGGAAAGGGAUGCUGGGAAAGGAGAACUUUUCAUGGUUGCUGUCACUAUGAUAGCAGAGAAGCUGCGCCAUGUAAAGCACAGCCCACAGGACCUCUGCAAGUUCAUUGCGGUCUACUUUGAUUAUUCCUGUGAGAAUGACAUUCCCGCUAUUCUGGAUUUAACUACAAAGUACAAGCUCAUGGAUAACCUGCCUCAACUUUACUCUCAUUUACAGUCCAGAGAUCUUAGCCUUCAUGAUUCAGAGUUGUAUCCUGUACACAUCAGCAAAAGGAAUUAUUUCAGAAGCAAAUCUGGACGCUCCCUUUAUGUCGCCAUUUGCAACAUGCACCAGUACAUUGACCAGGAGCCAGACUGGUUUGAGAAGCAAUUUGUUAACUUUUUCCCAGCUCCUUUACAGUACCAGGAACCUGUGAUGGAAAAAUUUGACUCUGGACUAGUGUUAAAUGAUUUAGUCAGUAAACAAGUGACUGAUGGGGAUUUCUGCCUAAAAGCUGAUGCAGAUAUUAUUCUGACAUUAAAUUCAGACUCACAUUGUAUGGCACAGCAUUUGAAUCUUGGAGAGGAUAGAGAAUCUCAGGACGUUCAUAAUGGUAGCUCCAGUCUUCCACCAUUGCUGCAUGUUGUGAAAGCUACCAAUCUGCCUGAUAUGCCCCGGGAUUCUGGAAUUUACGAUUCUUCUGUUCCUUCAUCUGAAUUAUCAUUACCUUUAAUGGAAGGACUUUUAGCAGACCAAACCGAAACCUCUUCCAUUACAGAGAGUGUCUCCUCUUCAUCAGGGCUGGGAGAAGAAGAACCUCCUUUGCUUGCUGUCACAAAAUCCCUAGUGCCUGGAAUAUGUAAAGCAGAGCUUCAUUGCCAUAUCCGCACUGAUGAACUGCAGGCAAUUGCACCUUUAUAACACAUUGCGAGAUCAUUACGCAUUGCCACUUUAUCAACAGCCUCUGUCUAUGCGUUAAUAUCUGCAUCAAUCACAGCCACAUGGCUUACCUACACUGCUUCUCAGGGGAGUUUAUGGCCAGUAUACUUCUAUCCAAAGUUGUUAUUAUUAUUUUUACAAGGAAUUGUUCUGUUUUUAUACUACAACACACUUUCUUUUUGCGUUUUGUUCAUUCAUAAUUGUCCUUCAUUUACCAUAACAAAUAAUUAAUCAUACAGAUUUCAUUGGGAAAUAUCACACAGGAAAAUAGUUCAGAAUAUAAAUCUAAAUUCCAUUUAAAUAUUAGAAUUUAGAUUAAUAUUAUAGAUUGAGCAUCCCUUAUCCGGAAUUUUAAAAUCCAAACUACUCCAAAACUUAUACACAGUGAUGGCUGAGAUAGUGCAACCUUUGCUUUCUUAUGGUUUGGUGUACAAAAACUUUGAAUAUGCUCAAAAUUAUUAAAAUAUUGUUCAUAUCUUCAGAUUGUGUAUAAAGUGUAUUUGAAACAUUACUGCAUUCUGUGUUUAGGCUUGGGUCCCAUCUCCCAAGAUGCGCAUGCAAAUACAGAUGCUCCAAAACCCAAAACACUUCUGAUCAUAAGCAUUUUGGAUAAUUGAUACUCAAUCUGCAUUUUUUCACUGUGCUACAUAAUGGUAGAUGAACGAAAUGGCUCAAUAGCCAUGUUACUCCAGACUGAGCCAUCACUUUUCAUGAAUAAUUCCCAGUGAGGAAGCCAUUUUUUUAGUUAAAGCAUAAUCAGAGCUUCCAGAAUUCUCAUUCUAAUUAUGUUGGAGAGGUGAGCUUACAAAAAAGGAUGAAGUCAUUCAUGUAACACUAAGUUAAAUGUUAGCAUGAUAGCCACAUAGCUAAUGAAUAGCCGAAGCUUUUGGUUCUCUGAUAUUCAGUGCGAUACAUAACAUUGCUUCUGGCUCUGAAUGCUAAUUGGUCUUGAUAGUAUAAUAAUGAGUAUACAAUAGAUUUGGGGAUGGGAAUACAGGAUUCGCGGUGUUGAAAUGCCAAAGACUAGGCCUAUGAAAGAAUAGGCUCUGUAGCAGAGUAGGCUCUAUUAAAAAUAAAUCUUCCUCUGUUUCUAAAAACUCUUGUGUUUAAGCUCUGCCCAGUGUGUCUUGGCAGUAAGUUAGACACAGCAGAUUUUACGUCUUAUAUUAACUUGUGGACCUAUUUGUGUUAAUCACUAUUUUGACAUGUUUAGUUUGAGAACAAUUUAAUUCCAUUGUGUUUACUAGAUCUUUUCAAACUUUCAUUUUAAAAUCAAGUGUUCGUUGCAUCAGUAAAAUGGCAUCUUUAAAAUGUUCUUGUUUUAACCCA